CGGAUCACCUCCAAAAUUUAAUGGAGUCUUCCAUGGCCUAAUAUCUGUGAAAAUUUUGUUAACAGACAGACAAAUAAAUAAACACACGCCGAUUAUUUUAUUACAUCCUUGGUGGAUGUAAAAAGGUGCUAAAACCCUCUGGAUGCCCUGUGUUUGUUAAAAUAUUGUCAGACUGUUUGAUACCGAGGAUGAUCACAAAAGAUUAAAAAAUCCAACCUGUAGCUUUAUGGUACAAUUUAAAAUGAAUUAUUAGCUAAAAUACGUGGCUGUAUAGGAUUAAAAGCACUAGGAGAAAAAAAAAAAAAAAAACACAACACAAUCCAGUUGAACUAGCCAUUAUUUUCAUUGUAUGAUGCAUCAUUGCAGUAUUCCUAUUGUAGUAGUAGCAGUAUUUAUAUUCAGAACAACUGAAGCCGAGAGUAAAUGUAAGACAUAUAAAAACAAGCUAACCAAUAUUAUGCGAUCUUGCAAAAGGCAGUAUUACAAACAUUAAAGGUAUUUGAAAGCUCUUAAAUGAAAUCAUCAAAAAUAAAAAGUUGUCAAAGAUGAUCCAACAUAUUUUUACAAAAGUUAGAUUAUUUUAAUUAUUAUUUUGCUAAUGUGGGGGAAAAUUUAGCAAACUCAAUUGUACCUUCUAAUAUGAGUUCUUGGGACAACAGUACAACAAGUAAUAACCUUUUGGAUUCGAUGUUUGUUAGAGAAACUGAUGAAUAUGAAAUAAAUGACAUGGUUCAUAAACUAAAGCGGAAAAAAAUUGAGUGAUUCUGAUAAUUUUGAAAAGGUUUUGUUAAAAAAUGUUAUUAGUUGUGUUGCUCAACCUUUAACUUAUAUUUGUAAUUUGGGAGAUUUCAUUUUAAAAAUUAAAAUAGCUAAAGUAAUACCGCUGUUCAAAUCUGGUGACAAACAUGUUUUUCGAACUUUAGGCCAAUUUCACUGUUACCUCAAUUUUCAAAAAUUCUGGAAAAGGUAUUCAUUAAGAGGUUAAAUGAUUACUACUAAAUGAGCAGCAAUAUGGAUUUAGAAGAAAAAAUCAUACUACUUCACUGGUGGUAAUUGAUUUUGUGGAACAUAUUAUCAAUGCAUUUGAAAGCAAGCAAUAUAAUGUAGGUUUUUUAAUGUAGGUUACUUACAGAAAGCAUUUGAUACCAUAGAUCACACCUUAUUCUUGGAUAAAUGAUGGAAAUAUGGUAUCAGAGGAUUAGCUCAUGAUUGGAUAGCCAGUUAUUUGCACAAUAAGUAUCAAUGUGUUCAUAUUGGUGGGAUAAAUUCUGAAUUUUUUGAAGUGCACUUGAUGGGUCCCCCAGGGCUCAGUCCUUGGGCCUUUGUUGUUUCUUUUAUAUAUUCAUGAAAUAUGCUUGGUUUCUAAGUUUGUGAGUUGCAUUUUGUUUGUUGAUGACCCAACUGUGUUUUGUAGUGGGGAUCAUUUGGGACAGGUUCUGGACAUAAUGGAGAGGGAACGACAGAAGUUCAGUGAAUGGUUUGAUUCAAAUAAAUUAUCACUUCAUCUUGGUAAAACAAAGUGUAUCAUAUUUGGAAAUAAACCCAGGAAUAUAUGUAGAAAUUUACUAGUACACAAUAUUGAAAUUGAACUUAUAAAUUAAACUAAAUUUCUUGGGGUUUUCAUUGAUAAUAUUUGGAAUUUGUUUUGGGUCUGUGUGCCAAAUAAAUUCAUUCAUUCAUUUAUUAUUGCAUUAUUGUAGUGUUGUGUUCAUUUUCAGCAGCUCAGUAAAUAGUACUUCUGCUAAUACUAAUACUUUUAUGAUUAUAUUGAGUAUUAUUAUUGUUAUUAUAUUUGGGAAUGAAUUUUGGAAUAAAUUGAAAACAACAGCAGAUAUACUGUGCUGUCAAAUAUGUAAUAGUAUAUAACAUACAGUAAAUUUCACAGUAACAGUCUGUGCUGCACUGAUAAGUGUAGCUCAUUGUGGAUUUCAUAAUUACACUUUGUGUAGAAGUACAGCAUUUCACCAUCAGACAUAGAAAGGGACACGCCCCCACUUCCUGUGUGUGGUGCAAAAUUCCUCCAGUGAAAGACUAUAAAAACAAAGAACUGCAGACACCGGAAUCAAACACACUCACUGCGAACAAGAUUUCACAGCAAGUUCACCAGAAAACAAGGACUUUGAAGUCAAAUCCAACACUGUUGACAUGCAGAGCCUUAAAAUGCCUCAAGGACUGGGUUUGCAAAUUUCCCAUCAUCCACUGACAAUGAAGCAAGUGGCCAGUCUGAUCAUCGCCGUGGAGAGAUUAAAGGUCGGCCAGCCAGAAACCGUGCUGAGCUCCGAGUUCAGGGAUGAGCACCUGCUUGACCUCAUGAUCGAUCACUUUAUAGAAGAAUAUGUAUGUGAGGUGGAUUCGAGUCCAGUGGAUCAGUUCAUCAGGAGAUCGGAGAACACGUACACUGUGACCGACAGCCAAAAGAGGAACCUGUUGAUGGUUCAGAGCAGCAUGGAACUCCACGCCGUGAUGCUGCAGGGAGGCCAGAGUGACCUCAAAGUUCACCUGAACAUGUCGACCUACGUGCACCCCACACCCAGCACCGAUGCCAGACCUGUAGCUCUUUGCAUCAAGAACACAGCUCUGUACCUGUCCUGCCACAAAGAUGGUGAAACACCAACCUUACACCUGGAGACGGUGGCAGACAAAUCCACUUUGGCUGAAAUCAGUCCAGACAGCGACAUGAUGCGUUUCCUCUUCUACAAACGGAAAAGUGGAUUGAACAUGAACACCCUGAUGUCUGCAAGUUACCCGGGCUGGUACAUCAGCACAGCAGAGCAGGACAACAAGCCGGUGGCUCUGUGCCAGUCGACCUCCAGCCGCCACCAAAUCUUCAACAUGCAGCGUCUGGUGGACCCCUCUGCAACCACAAGGGCCGGUGACCAAAGUGACGAGUAAAUGAAUCACUUGUUUUUAAAAACAAACAGGUGCAUAUUUUACAGAAUUUAUGGUAUGUACCAAGUACAUGAAUGUGCUGACAUAGACAGGUUUCACCACAAGAUGGCAGUAUUGUGCUGUCUGGUGAGAAGUUUGUGUACAAUUUACUGUAUGGAAUGUCAAGACAUUGUUUUUACUUUUGGGCAAUUAUUUAUUUAUCUAUUUAUGAUAAAAACGAACAUUAUUUUAAAGCUAUUUAUUUCACUGAAGUUUGAUUAUUAACGAUUGUUAUAAUAAAAUAAUGAUUCUAUAAUUUAAAAGAUUAAAUAAAAUACUCUGACAA